CGCCACCACCCCACAUGUCCCAUCAUCUUUUCCAACAACUUUUUUUUUUUUUUUGGCUGAGACUGAGAGAUGGAGAUGAUUCCAAAGUCCUUUUCUAUGCUUUAAUUUUUUCCAUCUUUAAUGGUUUUCUCUCUCUGAUUGUGGUCUUGUUAAACCUUCGGGAAGAUAUUAUUUUACUUACGUGAUGCUCUUUUGAUGCUCUAUAAAUUCCGCACCAAACAUUUUUCACAAUCCUCUUCUCCUUUGCUUUCUUCUCCACAUCUACUCUGCAAAUUUUCUCUUCGUUUCUAUCUGUGCUUCCUUUUCUUUGAUAUCGAUCUUUGAUCGGUCUGGGAAUUGAGUCUCUUGGUGUCUGUGUUUUGUUUUUCUACGCGCUGAUAUCUGGGUUUGAGUUCUUGAAACUCAUCCAUCCCCCCCCCCCCCCCCCCUCCGCAGGAAGUGGUUUUUUUUUUCUUUUAGGUUCACCUUGAUGCUCAACAUCUUGUUCUUGAUGUUCGAGAUUCAUGUCUCCAAUUCUCAGUGAAAUCCUCCUCCUGGGGUUUAUGAUCAAUUCCACAUUCAGACGCAGGACCCAUUUAGUUCAAUCCUUCUCGGUCGUCUUCCUCUACUGGCUCUACUACGUUUCAUGAUUAAACCCUUAUGUCUCUGAUCCGUAAGUACUGUUUUAAUUAGUUACAUAUAUCUAUAUAUAAAUCUAUAUUUCUGCUUAGUUAUUGAUCGAUUAAUUAGUGUUCAAUUAGUGUUGAAUCGGUCGGGUUUUUUUUUUUUUUUUUUUUGAGUUUUUGUUCAUCUGGGUCCUGCAAUUUCCCUCUCUUAAUUAAUACACUCUUGAGUCCCAAAAACGCCGUGAUCGAUUUUAAUUUUGUGAGAAAGAAAUAAGGCAUGGGUUCCUCCAGCGGCACAUCGUCGGGGUCGUUGUCUCUGCUUCAGAACUCUGGGUCGGAAGAGGAUUUGCAGAUGCUGAUGGACCAGAGGAAGAGGAAGAGGAUGAUGUCGAAUCGGGAGUCGGCGAGGAGGUCACGGAUGAGGAAGCAGAAGCACUUGGACGAUCUGACGGCGCAGGUGAGCCAGCUGAGGAAGGAGAACGGUCAGAUCAUAUCCAGCAUGAACAUCACCACGCAGCACUACCUCACCAUUGAAGCAGAGAACUCCGUUUUGAGAGCUCAGAUGGAGGAGCUCACCCGCAGACUGGAGUCCCUGGACGAGCUUGUGGCUUUCUUGAAUGUGAGCAGUGGUGGUGGUGGUGGUGGUGGUAGUGGUGGGUGUGUUGGGCUGGAUCAGGAUCCCAAUUGCGCCAUUAAUGAGAGCUUCCUGAUGAAUCCGUGGAGCUCGAUGUGUCUGAAUCAACCGAUCAUGGCUUCUGCUGCAGACAUGUUUCCAUACUGAGAGAGAGGGAGAGAGCGGUGUUAUAGUAUAUGGCUGUCGUUUAUUAAUUCAGUGAGUUGUGGUUUUGGAAUAAUAAAGUGGGUAAUCAGUACUGAGUAGAAGGAAAUGUCUUGAGAGUCUGUAAAUGGGCUUUGUGUUAAUUAGGAAGAUGGAUUCAAGAGCUGCAGCUUAGUUCUUCUUAUCCAUCCCCUCCCCCCUUGGGGAAUGAAAAAAAGCACCCUAGGUGUCUCUGGUUAUUAUCAUGUAUCAAUAAUAUUUGGGAUCAA